AUGCCGGAGCGCUGUCCUGAGUGUGACACCCCGGUCGUAAAGAACGAAGAUGACGCCAUGCACCGCUGCCCCAACCCGUCCUGCCCAGCGCAAUUCUUCGAGUUGCUGAAACACUUCGUCAGCAAGGGCGCUGCAGACAUUGACGGACUCGGGGAACGAUGGUGCGGCAUCCUGAUCGACCAAGGAAUGGUCUCCGAUGUAGCCGACCUGUACAGGCAGGAAAAAGACCGGCUAUUGAAGCUGGAACGAAUGGGAGACAAGCUGGCUACGCGAAUUAUCGACAACAUCGAAGCCAGCAAGAACCGUCCUCUGGCCCGCAUGCUCUUCGCGUUGGGCAUCACCCACGUCGGCUCUGAGGUAGCGGACCUGCUUUCCCAGAACUACCUGGGAGUCACCGAGUUAUCCAAUACAACCGAGGAAGACCUGACCGAAAUCGAAGGCAUCGGCCCCAAGAUUGCAGAAAGCAUUUUGGCCUGGUUCCGCGCACCGGCCAACCGCCGGGUAAUCGAGAAGCUGCGCUCCUCAGGUGUCCGUAUGGAGCAGGACACACUGCCGACCACGGUGGUAGCGGCUUCAGGAGCCGCGCCCUUCGCGGGGAUGACCUUCGUGGUUACAGGAACUUUGUCUGCGUUCUCUCGCAGCGAGGCUGAAGGGCGCAUCAAGGGCUUGGGAGGCAAAGUAACAUCAUCGGUGACCAAGAAGACCAGCUAUGUCGUGGUUGGCGAGUCUCCCGGCUCAAAGGUGGCCAACGCGGAGAAACUGGGCACUCCAAUUCUGGACGAAGAAGGGUUCCUGCACCUGCUGGAAUCGCCGGAUUCCGUCCUGACAGCGGAGCAGCAGGGCACCCUUGUCUGA